AUGAAGUACUUUCAGUACACCGGAAGUCUUUCAGACGUACCGGUAACGUUACGUCUGAAAGACUUCCGCUUCCAGCGCUACGAGAGCGGAACAUCUAAACGAGGGGUGCUCACACUUUUUCAGCAUAUAAGUGCAGAGUUCAUGCGCUUGGUUUCCUCUGAUCUCCACCAGUGUUUUUUUGAUGGACUGGACAAAUAUGUUCCAAAACUGCUGGAGAUGUACAGCAUACGAAGUCCAAGCUGUCCUAACAUGCGCCGUCUGCUUCAUUCCCUCGAUGAACAAACUUCAAACCAGAAGAGAAGAGCAGCUGUUUUGCUUGGACUUCCGCAUUACCUGAGGGAGGACUCCAGCAGUUUCAUCUCUGUCUGUGAGACUACCAGCUCAGAAGGAGAAGCAAGACAAGUGGACAUUGGCCUGCUCAUUGUUGCAGAGGAUGGUGGAAGUGGAAAACAAUUGCUGGCUUUGAACAUUGUUGAUGUCGCCGUGGUGCUGGAGGAAAGAGUCAUUGUGCAAGAGCUAAAGGAUGUUCCCAAAGCCUUUGCAACGCUGAUGGGACUCUACAGCCUCAACUUUGUGUACCCUAAAGGACUAAAAUAUACCUUUGAAGUCAUCCAAAAAGUGUUCAUGGGCAUCGGCAGUGCGACUUGUUCAGCCAAAGUCAAUGGACUCCGGAACAAGAUGCUUCAAGCAUAGGCAAGUUGAUGGCUAUCACUUGAUCUGAAUACUUAUUCAUAUACAUUACAAUUACAUAACACACUCUCAAACAUCAUAAACACCACUAUUAAAGAAAAACACAUCAUAAACACAAACACAAGAUAAACAAAUGCAUCAUAAACACCACCAUCAAAAGUUAUGAAUGUUGAUGUAGCAGGAUUUAAUUUGCUCAUUAAAUUGUAUUUAAAAAAGGCC